AUCCGGUCUAGCGCGUCAGGUCGACCAAUGAGAGCGCGGCGGAGGCGGGGCGAGAUUCGGCUCCUACGUGUCAGCGCUGCCGCAAACCGCCGCUUUACUGUCGUGAGGCGUGUUUACGGAGCGACUUCGGAUCAUGUAGCUGCUUCUUGGAGUCCGAGAAAUGAUCUGCUGCUUGAAAGAAAAGCGGAGUUCCAGGUGAAGAUGAACGGCGGAGAGUGUCGCACGGUGCUGGUGACCGGAGGAGCGGGAUUCAUCGGCUCUCAUCUGAUCGGGGCUCUGGCCGUCAGGUUCCCUCUCUGGAGAAUCAUCAACGUUGAUAACCUGAGGUACUGCUCCAGUCUGAAGAACCUGACCUCCGUGGAGAACCGCAGAACCUACAGCUUCAUCCCGGGCGACGUUUGCGACCCGUUCUUCAUAAAGCGUGUGUUUGCGACGGAGAGGAUCGAUGUAGUGUUUCACUGCGCGGCUGAAACUCAUGUCGAGAACUCGUUCCUGAGUCCGGCGCGCUUCAUGCGUGUGAACGCUGAAGGAACCGGGGUUCUGAUCAGAGCGGCGUUCGAGGCCCGAGUGAAGCGCUUCGUCUUCAUCAGCACUGACGAGGUGUACGGAGACGCUCUGGAGCAGCCGUUUGAUGAACUGAGCCCAAAGAGACCCACCAAUCCGUACUCGGCCUCAAAAGCUGCGGCAGAAAACAUUGUGAUGUCGUACUGGAUGAAGCACAAGUUUCCCGUUCUGAUCACGAGAAGCAGCAAUGUCUAUGGCCCACACCAGCAUCACGAGAAGGUCAUUCCCAGGUUUCUGUCCCUCAUCCAGCAGGAUCAGAAAUGCACUAUCCAGGGCUCAGGGCUGCAGUCCAGACACUUCCUCUACGUCAGCGACGUCACAGACGCCUUCCUGAUGCUGAUGGAGGAGGGCAUUCUGGGAGAGAUCUACAACAUCGGGAGCAGCUUCGAGAUUCCCAUCAUUCAGCUCGCCAGAGAACUGGUGAAGAUGAAAGUGAAGGGCGUCUCCGAGGAAGCGCUGGACGACUGGAUGGAGUUUGUAGAGGACCGUCCGGUGACGGAGCUCCGGUAUCCAAUGAGAUCAGACAAACUGCACAGACUCGGGUGGAGACCCAGAGUAACCUGGGAGGAAGGAAUCAGACGCACCAUACAGUGGUAUGAAGAGAAUCCAAACUACUGGCCGCUGAACAGUGAGAAUGAAGAGGACUCUCCAGCAGCGUGUGAUCAGACGCCGUGCCUCAUCACGUCAGAUAAUGAUUAUUAACUGAUUAUUAACUGUAUCUAUGCAGAUUGUCCAGUGAAUGUGAUGCAGCUUCUUCAGAGACCCCACAGAGGACCAAAUGUUAUAUAUUUUAAUAGAAACUGUGUCAGAAACUGACAAGAUCAGUUGUUUUUGACUGUUUUCAGUAUUUGUGUUUCAUUACGAAACUCUUAAUUUGUACAGUUGCUUCUGAUCAUUUUUAUUUUUUAAUAAAAACGUUUACAAACA